GGGUCUCACAAUUCAGUUCCUCGCCGCGUUCGGAUGCAUGCAUUCCCUCUGCAGAGGCAGCUUUGCUUUCUCUUGGGGUAUAUUUUUUUGUAUCAGCAAAGACAACCGGGAAGAAAAAAAUGUUGCAUUAAAAUUAGAACGGAGAGUCGGCUGCUGAAGCGCUUUAUUUUUUAGAUUUUUUUGUUUUGUUUUGUUUUUAAAGCCUAAUUCACCUUAAAGAAUCUCAAAAGCAGCCUCAAGGGAAAGAUUUGUGAAUUUUUGUAAUGGAAAGCGGUAGCCUCUAGGGCCCAGAGGAUAUGCAGGGAGGCAUUUUCUCUUGCUGGUGCAGCUGAGAGCGAGCGAGAGAGAGCGAGACCUGGAAAUGAAAGUAAAGAGAUCAGGAGGCACAUGGAGGGAGCUGCAGGGGCAGCCGAUCCAGAAGCAGAAUGCUGCCUUCUAUAAUUAAAUAGCACUUACUAUUAUUAUUACUUCUAGUAAUAAUACAUUAAUAAUAUCUCUAGUAAUACAAUACCAUUUAUCAAGGAAAGUUUAUGCGUAGUGUGGGGGGGAAAACCCGAGGAGAGUGUUUUAAAGGCUGAGCUCAGAAACAGAAGUAGACCAUGUGUAUUGAAAGCUUUUCAAGGUGGUGAUGUCUUUUGUGGAGAUACGAAAUUGUAAAGGUGUGCCACUGGCAUCUUUGGAAUGCGGCCAUUGAUUUGGUGAUGACCAGCCAGUGUUCAACUGCCCUCCCUACAGUCACCAACAAUCUCCCUUUUCAUCAGAUCUGUGGGCUUCUGCUUCCCUUCCCUGACUUUUGUUCCCUCCAGCAUGACUCAGGGAGCAGCAAGAGCAGGGCUGCACCUCCAGGCAGGACAACAACCAUAAUGGAGAGGCAGAAGAGAAAACAAGAAAUAGAGAAAGGACUUCAGUUCAUUCAGUCCACAUUACCCCUAAGCCAAGAAGAUUAUGAGGCCUUUUUGCAGAAGCUGGUGAGAAACUUGUUUGCAGAGGGCAAUGAUUUGUUCAGAGAGAAGGAUUUCAAGCUUUCCCUGGUCCAGUACGUAGAAGGGCUGAACGUGGCGGAUUAUGCAGCCUCUGAUGAGGUGACCAUCCCAAAGGAACUCCUCUGCAAGCUCCAUGUCAACCGAGCUGCCUGCUACUUUGCCAUGGGGUUGUAUGAGAAGGCGCUGGAAGACAGCGAGAAGGCUUUGAGUCUCGACAAGGAGAACAUCCGAGCGCUAUUCCGGAAAGCCCGUUCCUUAAAUGAACUUGGAAGACACAAAGAAGCGUAUGAGUGCAACAGCCGAUGCUUGCUGUCCCUCCCACAUGAUGAAAGUGUCACACAACUGGGGCAGGAGCUUGCCCAGAAGCUGGGACUGAGGGUUCGAAAAGCAUACAAAAGACCUCAGCAGGAAUUGGAAACAUUCUCACUACUCAGUAAUGGCACUUCAAUCAAUUCAUCAAACCAGACUGCUUCCAAUGGAUUGGGCUCAAUAGAUGACAUCGAAACAGACUCCUCUAUGGACCUGCAGUGCCUCCCAGCUCCUGUUGCCACCUCCAUCCCUGUGAAUGAGGGGCUGGCCCCUUUGCCUUCUGACUCAGAUGCAAAGGGCUUGCCCACCUCGCUUCCUGCUGCCAGCUUGCUCCCAUCUCCAGACUGUGUACCCUUGCCAGUGCCUGAGAACACAGAGGACUUCACAGAUGGGGACAUCAUUGGGGAAGAACUAGACUCCCUCCUGGAUUCCCUUGCUGAAGGGUCACCAUACCCUCUAUCUCUGGUCCAGGGCACCAUUCCUACCAACCUGCCAACAGAGAUGCCCCAGUUGAUUCCUGUGUUUCCGGGGGGAACUCCGCUGCUGCCUCCAGUUGUGACAGCCAGCAUCCCUGUCUCUACCCCUCUGCCACCUGCCUCCUUUGGCCUGGUGAUGGAUCCCACCAAGCAGCUCUCCUCCUCCUCUGUCCUGGAUGCCUUCGAGGCCCCACCAGGAGGAAGUGGCAGCUCCACUUUAGAUUCUCUGGAUUCCCUGGAUCUGCUUCCAUACACAGAUACAAGGCUUGAUGCCCUGGACUCCUUUGGGACAAGCAGGGGGUCGCUGGAUACCUUGGAUUCCUUUGCCAUUGAAGAAACUAGCUCUCAGGAACUGCGACACCCACCCAACAGCCAAAAACCAGCCCCAGUGGUGAGUGAGCUACUGCCCCGUGCUGAUGUCCCAAGGUGCUCUGGAACCAAGGUAGUCAGCCUUGGUGGAGUGAGUCACCCAGCUGUGCCCAAGGCCACUGAGCACCUGCUGUCCCAGCCAGAACCAGUAGUGCCCAACACGGCUCUCCUGGUGAAGAACCCCCUGGCAUCUACUCACGUUUUCAAACAAGCCUGUCAUAUCUGCUACCCCAAAACAGGGCCCAAGGCUGGCGAUUACACUUAUCGGGAAGGCUUGGAGCACAAGUGCAAGCGGGACAUCCUGCUGGGCAGGCUGAAGAGCUCUGAAGACAAGACCUGGAAGAGGAUCCGUCCUCGCCCAACCAAAACCAACUUUGUAGGAUCCUAUUAUCUGUGCAAAGAUAUGCUUAACAAGCAGGACUGUAAGUACGGGGAUAACUGCACCUUCGCGUACCACCAGGAAGAGAUCGACGUGUGGACGGAGGAGAGGAAGGGGACCCUCAACCGUGACCUCCUCUUUGACCCGCUAGGUGGGAUCAAGCAGAGCAGCCUCACAAUUGCCAAGCUCCUCAAGGAACAUCAGGGCAUCUUCACCUUCCUCUGUGAGAUUUGCUUUGACAGCAAACCUCGGAUUAUCAGCAAAGGGACCAAGGACACACCAUCUGUCUGCUCCAACCUUUCUGCAAAACACAUUUUCCAUGACAACAAGUGUCUGGUCCACAUUGUGCGUUCCACCUCCCUGAAAUAUUCCAAGAUCCGUCAGUUCCAGGAGCACUUCCAGUUUGACGUGUGCCGCCAUGAGGUGCGUUACGGCUGCCUGCGUGAGGACAGCUGCCACUUUGCUCACAGUUUCAUUGAGCUCAAGGUCUGGCUGCUGCAGCAAUAUUCAGGAAUGACCCACGAAGAUAUUGUGCAGGAGUCCAAGAAGUACUGGCAGCAGAUGGAGGCACAUGCCAGCAAACCAGCCAACAGCGUGGCUUCUCCCCGGAAUCCCACGUCAAGCACCUUUGACCUCCAGAUGAAGUUUGUGUGUGGCCAGUGCUGGAGGAACGGGCAGCUGGUGGAGCCAGAUAAAGACCUCAAGUACUGUAGUGCCAAAGCCCCCCACUGCUGGACGAAGGAACGCCGUGUCCUGCUGGUGAUGUCCAAAGCGAAGAAGAAGUGGGUGUCAGUCCGACCACUGCCUUCCAUCCGUAACUUCCCACAGCAAUAUGAUUUGUGUAUCCAUGCACAGAAUGGCAGGAAAUGCCAGUAUGUGGGCAACUGCUCCUUUGCCCACAGCCCUGAGGAGAGAGACAUGUGGACCUUCAUGAAGGAAAAUAAAAUACUAGAUAUGCAGCAGACCUAUGACAUGUGGCUAAAGAAACACAAUCCUGGGAAGCCUGGAGAGGGAACACCACUCACCUCACGAGAAGGGGAGAAACAGAUCCAGAUGCCCACUGACUAUGCAGACAUCAUGAUGGGCUACCACUGCUGGCUCUGUGGGAAAAACAGCAACAGCAAGAAGCAAUGGCAGCAGCACAUCCAGUCAGAGAAGCACAAGGAGAAGGUCUUCACCUCAGACAGUGACUCCAGCUGCUGGAGCUACCGGUUCCCCAUGGGCGAAUUCCGGCUCUGCGAGAGGUUCCAGAAGAACAAGGCCUGUCCUGAGGGAGAGGAGUGUCGCUACGCCCAUGGGCAGGACGAACUGACGGAGUGGCUGGACCGGAGGGAAGUGCUGAAACAGAAACUGGCCAAAGCUCGCAAGGACAUGCUGCUCUGCCCCAGGGAUGACGACUUCGGGAAAUACAACUUCCUAUUGCGGGAUGACGUAUAGUAUGAGCUGGGGGGAGUCUGUCAGCUGCAGAAACACGGGGUGGGUUUUCCAAGUGGCAGUAGCAGGGUGAGCGAGAUCUGUGUCUUGCAAUGAGAACUUUCGUUUUUCUUUUGUUUUAAGAUUAUGAGAUGAUGAUUUAUUAGUGAACGAAUUUGUGAAUUUAAUUCUCGUUGGCCAGCAACGCCACGCUCACUGAGUUUGUGAUCCAUUAUUUCUCUCUUCUUUCCCCCAAAUUCUCCUUCCACUUCAUCUUUUUGUUUUCACUGUCCUUCAUUCCAAGGAAUUAAUUCAGUCUGUAUUGGGCUGCAAAUCAGAGAAUUUCUCCUUGUGUCAUUCUUCUGUCUUUCAAUUCAGAGUAUGACUGCAGAGGUCUGGAGGACAGAGCCGAGAGAGAGGGACAGAAAAGUUGUGGAUGCCCCAUCCCUGGAACCAUUCAAGACCAGGUUGGAUAGAGCUCUAAGCAAUGUGGUCUAGUAGAAGGCGUCCUUCUAAAUGACAGGGGGAUUGAAACUAGAUGAUCUUAAGGUCCUUUCCAGCUCAGACCAUUCUAUGAUUUUAUGAAAUCUGGUGAAAAGGUAACCAUAAAUUUCAUAUGUUCCUUUUCUCAGUGCUGCAGACUAAGCACCACUUACUCUGCUGCAGCUCUCCUGCUCUUCUGGGAGUUUGGUACCAAAAGAAAUAGAAAUUGUGGUGCAAAGAAGGAAAACCACUAGAUUUGGCUUAAGAGAUAGAGGCUUAUGCUCUAGCUGUCUGUAUUGCCCUGAGGCAUCAACUGGUGCUGAGGAGGAUAACAGCUUGUGGUAUAAGGAGUGCAAGCUAAAAGCAGCAAAGUAAUGAAACUGCUUGCAGCAGCAGGAACACGGUUGUAAGUGACUUCAAACUUCAGCUGACUGUACUCAGAAAGCAAGUUGGUGACUUCUCAUUAGAUGUCUUUUUCAGUGUGUGGCAGGUGUUCAGGAGGUGUAGUGGAAUCUGUGACACACCGUGUGUCACUGAAGUCCACACAGCAGUAUCAGUCAUGAGGGAGGUGGUCACCAAAAGGAUCCUGUGUUUCUGUGUUGCCUUGUGUCCUUAAGAGAGGGAGGGAGGGAGGUAAUGGUGUUCUUUCUUACUCUUUAAAUGGCAUGUGUUUCUGGUUACGUAGAGCUGCAUUUUUCCCUGCACUGCCAGAAGAACUGGGUGGGGACCCAUUUAAAAGGACACCAUUGCACAGCACAGGCAAUGUUAAGCUAAUAGGAAUCCAGCUGGAAGCACUUACCAGUACCAGAGGUCCAGUUCCCUCCUCCUCAGAGCCAGAGCAGGGAGCUUGCGGAUGCACAGUGCAACCAGGAUGUGACCCAGAGCAAGGACAGUGGUGGAGAAUGAGUGGGACCCAGCCAUGGCCUGCUCUUGUGCUGCCUGAUGUGUGCUUUCAUGAGGUAAUCAGUAAUGCUGAACUCUGGGACAGAAGUUUUGCUGCUUUUAUAAGGGGCAGCAGUGAGAAGCAGUACUGCUCUGCAUGCCAGCCUUGUCCUUUCUGGCAGUCUCAUCCUGUAAGCAGUAAACGUGUUCCCUGUUCUGAGCUUUCCUCUCCUUCUCUCUUCUGCAGUCCAGCUGUGCUCUGCAGUUCUGCAUGCAUGGAUGGCACCAUCCAGUCAAACACAAACACAUCUCCCUCCCAGCCUUUGUCAGGGAUGUCUUUUUCAUACAGAUUCUUCUGGGACAGCAGUCUCGGAGCCCUUGGGGCUGGUAGAGCUGUAUCCAUGGUAAAUACAAUCUGGCCUUGAACCGCUUGGUGGUUUGGCAUUGCUGCGUCCUCCCAUUCCUCUCUGCUCCCAUAUCCUUGGGGUUCAGAGCUUCAGGACAGAUGGGAUGAGGAAAUCAGGAGAUGUGAAGAUGGUGUGGGGCAGCUGUUGUCUUUCUAAACCAGCCUUCAGGAGGGUGCUUCAGCUCCACUGGGAUAGUUAGGGUCCAGUUAUGGAGCAGAGUGCUGGAAUCUUUCCAGAGACACAGUGUGCUCUGAGUAAACUGAAUACACUUCUGCACUUAGAAUCAUUAAGUUGAAAAAGACCUCAAAGAUCAUCAAGUCGAGUUGUUAACCUGGCACUGCCAAUUCCCAGACUAAACCAUGUCCCAAAGUGCCACAUAUACAUGUAUUUUUAAAUACCUGUGGGGAUAGGGACUUAGCCUCUUUCCUGGGCAACUUAACCACUUUUCUGCUGAGCUUUUUUCCCUCUUCCUUAAAAUAUGGAUGGUAGUCUCUGGUUUGCUAUGAGCAAUAUCAGACAUGGCAGUUUUUGAGUGGUCAGGUGCUGUAUUUUCUCCUCUGUUCUUUGUGGUAGCUAUGGUACCUUCUCCUGGUCAUCCUUGUGCUCAAGUGGUCAACUUUAGAGAUGGGAGGAGACAGGCAUCAGCUCCUGGGUUAUCUUGUUCUGCUCUUCUUGGGCAGAGAUGCCAAGGAAGGAAAUCUGGAUUGGGGCACACUGGAAUGUGUUUUUUCUUUUUAAAACAAACCUGCAUCUCUAGUGUGACUCUAGCGUUCGCUGAGCCGUGAUUUCUCAUGUAACCUAAACAAGUUACAGAGUGGGUCACUGUCCCCUCUCCCCCUCUCUGCAAUGAGAGCUGAGCUGCUCAGUGGGGCUUCAGAGGUUCGGGCUGGGGCUGAGAUGGGGAGAGGGUGAGGUGAGAGUGAAGUGAGGUGAGGUAGGCCCACAGUCAUGGGGGUUGCAUCAAGUGUCUCUUUGUUUUCCCUGAUAUGAUAACCUGGUCUGUGGUGUUGCAGUACUUCGUCACCAGACUUGUUUUAGUGUGUAUAUAUGUGACCCUUCCCAUGAAGCAUAUAUACACAGGUAUUAAAUAUAUCGCUCUAUAUAAUAUUAUAUGUGUGUGGUAUCGAAGGAAUCUUUUAAAUGAGGGUAAAGGAAAAGGACUCAAGCCAGGAAACGCAGCAUCUCCAGUUUAAUUAUGAAGCCUUUUAUUUGGGAUAGGGAAAGGGAAAUAACAAAAGAUAGAUAGGUAUAAACUUUGAGAUGGGACAGGUUUCCUUGUUCACAUUGUUGAAACCCUUUAGGAUGUCCUUGCAGUCCCAUCUCAGUGAGAGAGUAUUAUACUGCUAUCUAGUGAGUAAAGUUUUAAUGUAAGGCUUAGCUUAUAUUAUUUAUAGGGACAUUGUGAAAGGCAGGAAGUUUCACACUUGAUUUCCCAGGCUUGCUUUAUCAAGCCAAGAGGGUUUUCUUCAGCACAUUAUGUGCUCUCAGCAGAAAUGCUCAGUGCUCGCAGCUCUACAGCAGAUAAACCACAAGUUGUAGAGGCUGCUUUAGUGGUGUGUUCCCAAGACCCUGUGAUAACUCUCUCUUUAUUUGUGUGAGAGAAGAAGAAGAAAAUUCUGCAGCACAGAACCAAAUUUAAGAGUUUUUAACAAAGGAAGUGAUGUUUUAAUUUUAUAACAUUAGAAGAAAAUCUCAUAUCCUGUAAAAUAACUACAGACAUUCACACAGAGCAGAAACUUAUUAAAUGCUGAAGGACUUAGUGAAAAUCUUUUCCCAAAUUCUUUGGUAGGGGCAGGGAUUUAGGUGACACUGGGAUUGGAGUUAGGAGAAUUAAAAAAAAAAAAACAACAACAAAACAACAACCAACAAAAAAAUACCCUACUUAGCUUGUAUGAAACUGUAUGUCAAAAAUUGAUGGGUUUUAGCAAGUGAAAGGAAAAGAUAGCAAGGGGAUGCUGCAGUUCUGAGCUGGGUAGUAAUGAUUUUGAGUCCUUUAAUAUGUCUUCAUAUUAAUAUAAUUUAAGAAUACCACGCUUUACAAUUAAAAAAGAACUUAGUAUCUUUCAUAAGGUCUAGUAUAAGGAUAAAUAUGUAGAUGUUUUAACAACAUUUUUGUUUUUGUUCUUAAAUAAAGAAAGAAAAACCAAACUUGCUUCUUUUAGCCUUUGUAAUAGAAAAUAAAAGUGUGCACUUUAAACCCUC